AUUAAACGUUUAUUCGCAUUCUAUCUAUAUCGAAAUAACAAAGGUGAAUAAAUCAUCAAAAGUCAAUAAUCAAGUUUAAUACCUUUAAUACCUUUAUCUUUAGUUAGUUGUUUAUGUGUUAGCCUUGCUUUAAAAGUAAUAAACAAGAUGAAAACUGAUCUAACCAAAUCAAUUCCUGCAUUUUACGUUGGACAAAGUAUAUUUUUGACAGGUCCUACAGGAUUUUUGGGUAAAGUAUUUAUUGAAAAGAUAUUGCGAUCUUGUCCUGAUGUUCGUGAAAUAUUUUUGUUGAUGCGGCCGAAAAGAGGAUUAACUAUCAAUGAAAGGCUUCAUAAAAUAUUAAAUUUGCCGCUAUUUGAAAAAUUGCGUGAAGAGAGACCUUCGAAUUUCGAGAAAUUAAUUCCGGUUUCUGGCAAUGUUAGUGAAAAGGGAUUAGGUUUAUCUGCUGCGGAUAGACAAAUGCUGAUUGAAAGAGUAACUAUAAUAAUCCAUGCAGCAGCGAGUGUGAGAUUUAAUAACAGUUUAAAAUAUGCCAUAUUUGCCAAUGCCAGAUCAACAAGAGAUAUUUGUAUUUUAGCACAAAGUAUGAAGAAUUUAGUGGCAUUAGUGCAUAUUAGUACAGCAUUCACACACUUGAGUGAACCAUUAGUAGAAGAAAAAGUGUAUCCACCAGUAACUGAUUGGCGGAAGAUGAUCGAAAUGGUUGAAUUAUUGGAUGAAUAUACUUUAGACAUUUUUACGGCUAAAUGUUUAGAUUAUGCACCCAAUACAUAUAUUUUUUCAAAAAACCUAGCGGAAAAUAUAAUACAAGAUUAUUCUUCCUCCUUACCUUGCGCGAUUGUAAGACCUUCUAUUGUGAUGCCAUCGCUGGAAGAACCUGUCCCAGGAUGGAUAGAUAACGUUUACGGUCCAAUAGGACUUUUCAUUGGUGGUGGAAAAGGAAUAAUACGAGUAGCUUGUGUAAAUAAAAAUGUUAAUCAAAAUGCAGUACCAGUUGAUAUUGUCAUCAAAGCUAUAAUAAUCGUAUCUUGGAAGCUGGGAUUAACCACCUUAACAGAAGAUUCCACUACUUUUGUACUAAAUUGUGUAAAUCAGAAAGUUUUGACAUAUCAAGAUGGUAUAAAGAUGUUAUUCAGUAUUACAAAGAAGGAGGUGCCUUUGGAAGGAAUUAUCUGGACUCUCCAUACAAUAUUGACCGAUAAUUUUAUUUUGUUUUAUAUAUUAACAAUAUUAUUGCAUAUUAUGCCAGCUAUAUUAAUAGAUUUGGUUUUGAAACUCUCUGGACGUCGACCUAAGUUAGUACAAUUGCAGAGAAGACUAUAUGUGGCCAAUCGUGCUGUGAGUUAUUUUUCGUUCCAUGAAUGGAAAUACAGCAAUGCAAAUUCAUUGGCUCUGAUAUCCUCAAUACCACCUGACAACCUUGAUAUGUUUUCUAUCAACUAUUCCUAUGUUGAUCUUAGAGCGUAUUGCAAGAACAGUGCCAUUGGUGGCAAAACGUUUCUUCUUCACGAAGACAUGAAUCGAUUAGCUGCAGUUAGAGCACAUAGUGAAAGAGUGUACCUGUUUGUCAAAGUAUUGAAAACUAUCAUAUCUAUUGGAGUACUGUGGAUAAUAUAUAAAUGGAUCUAUUUUAAUAUAUUAUAAAAUUGCUGAUUCUUCUCCAUGUUUAUCAAACUAUAAUUUAUGAUGGUCAAACACAUGUAACACACAGACAGUUUUUUAAUUAAAAGAUCUUUCUCUUUAUAGACUUAAUGUAUUUUCAAACGGAGAUACUUUAGUUUCUGUUAGAUGUUAAAUAUUACGUAUAUUUAUGUAUAUACUAAAGAUAUCAAAUAAAAUGCAAUUUGCAUAGAAAA